AUGGCCGCCGUAGCUGAGCCUGCACUUGAAGAAAACGAAGUAAACAAAGAUCCCCACCAGGCUGGUUUUAAUUGCCACGAGUUCCUUUUGGAAGUCUUAACUAGAACUGAAGAAUUUGUGGGCGAAACACAUGCAAAUGAAAAUGACAGGCGAAAUGUUAACGAGCACAUUUUGACACAUUUAAACUUGUUAGAUACAACUGUCAAAUGGUUAGGGCAGUUGAUGCGUAUUGUUGAUGACCAGGAUAAGCGUUUGUUAGAGGAUUUGCAGUCCGUUUUUCUUAAACUUUAUGAAAGACUCUGGAGAUAUCAACUAAGGUUACAAUCGACAUAUCUGUCAGCUUUUCCCGUUUUAAUUGCUCACACUGGAGGACCGGGGAGGCCACCUUAUGUCAUUCCACUUGAGUUUUUGGAGGAGCUGAGAGGCCUGGGGUUCACCUGGACAAAAAUUGCUGCUAUGUUUAAAGUAUCGCGUUGGACAGUAAUGCGUCGUGUUAGAGAAUACGGCUUACAAAACUUAGCAAAGUUUAGUAACGUUAGUGACCAAGAAGUUGAUGAAAUAAUUAAUGCUUACACAUCAAGACAUGGAUCAACUACAGGUGAAGUUUAUUUAAGAGGUCAUUUUCGGGCUCUUGGGUACAACAUUCAACGGAAGCGAAUAAGAGAAAGUCUGAAUAGGGUUGACCCCAGAAAUACAGCUUUACGGUGGUGUGCACUUGUGUCUCGCCGAAAGUACUUUGUGCCCUGGCCAAACUCGUUAAAUGUGGCACAUGGACGGUCACCACUCUCUCAUCCGAUGGGGAUUUGUUAUCCAUGGAUGUAUUGACGGAUAUUCAAGGAGAAUUAACUUCCUCCACUGCAGCACAAAUAACCUUGCAACAACAGUUUCGUCCUUGUUCGAAGAUGCAAUUCAACGUGAUGGUGGCUUGUGGCCUUCACGGUUAAGAGUCGAUUAUGGAGUUGAAAACGUCGCAGUGUGUGAUACAAUGGUUGCUAUGCGUGGAGAGGGAAGGGAAAGUUUCAUUGCAGGUUCAUCAUGUAGAAAUAACCCAAUCCACAUGUUUGUGUUACAUUGGGUGUUUUUACAAAGAAUAAAUUAUGCUUUGCAUGAGUGGAUGGACAGUUUUAAUAACCACCCACUUUCAACUGAGCACAACUGGACACCAAAUCAACUUUGGAUUAAUGGCAUGCUAAGAGAAGACAAUCCACUAGCUAUUGGGGGGCUUGAUGAUGACCCUCAUGAUACAAGGUUUUAUGGGGAAGACCUAGAUGGACCAACACCUUUCGAGGACAGUGAUAACUGUGUCAUAGUUUCACCAGUUCAUAUACCAGGAAUUAAUUCAGAAGAACUAGUGUUUCCAUUAACACAAUCUAUUGAUGCUUUGAAGCUUUCAUCGUGUUUUGGAAUUGACAUUUUCAUUGAGGUCCUACAAUUUGUGGUACAGCUAAUAGAGCACAAGCAAAGUAGAUAA